UAACUUUGACAAGUUUGGACUUUGGUUGGCUAAUGGCUUGGUCAAAUAGUUUGGUUGGUCUAUAUUUUACAAACAUUUGUGAUGUCUUGGACAAACGAUGUGUCACUGGAGUUUUUGGACCACUACAGAAUAGAGGCACUGUUAUGGGAUCCCAAACAUCCGUUGCACAGAAACAGAUGCGAAGUAAAUGAAGCAUGGCGUCGUAUACAGAGCAAUUUAAGUAUAAAUUGUCCGAUAGUAGAUCUGAAAAGGAAAAAGGAGUCUUUAAUGACGUCUUUUAGGUUUCACUACAACCGAAAAAAGAAAAGUCCAGGCGAAUAUCGAACUACGUGGUUCGCCUAUUCGUACAUGGAAAGUUUUCUUGGCGGGAAAUAUGAAUGUGAUAGUACAAAUGAAGCUGAUCACGAGUAUCUUUCAAGUAAUAGUACGUCUUACAAUCCCCAGGACCCCAUCGCUAACACGAGCCAAAAUACGGCGGCGCAGGGGUCCAGUAGACGAAUUAACAGAACCGCAAGUUCGAGACCUCAAACCAGCAACCCUGAGUACGUUUACAAAAGGAAAUUAGACACAACGAACAACGUAAAUGAUGACAAGUGUAAAACUGAUACGGACGAAUACGACUUGUACGGACAGCUGUUAGCCAAAAAACUACGGAAACUCGACGAACACCAACGGGACGUGGCGAUGCACGACAUCGAUAAUAUAAUGUUCAAAGCGAAAAUGCAAAGUGGACCUUCACAGAACAGAAGCUAUUCGAGAUCUCCCUCUCCCAUACCGAGGAAAGUGAAGUCUCCAAUGUUUAUCAUAACUCCACAAAAUCACGAGCAAUAUGAAGACGAAAAUUUAACGUAUCAAGAGCAGCAGCAGACUUAAAUUUAAUAAAAAAAAGCUGUACAGUUGAGCUGCUGGAAGUAUCUCGGAAAAUAUUCUUCAAAAAUACCUAAUCAUUGAUAAGAUAUUUUUCUUGUUAGAAAUAAUAAAUAUUUUAUAGUUUAAAAGACA